AUGAGAGGAUAUUUAAUCUAAGGAGAAAUAAUUUAGAAGAAACUUAGUCUCUAAUUAAAAAUACCUUAAUUGCAAAAUGUCAAAGAAAUUGACUAAAAUAAAAUAAAAGCCUUUCUUAGAGAGGUUGAUCUUGAUUUGGAAUAUUAUGGCAAUCUUCCUCUGUUACAUUAAGCAUCACUAGAAUACCACAGAGUAAUGGGGACAGAAUUAGCAUUUAAUAUAGAAAAUGCCUAAAAGUGGAUUUAAUCAACAGAAUUUAUUGAACUUACUUAUGCCUUAAGAUGGGUAUAUGAGAUGUCUUCAUACAAAGAUAGAUAAGAAAUCUAGAUAGAAUUUGAUCCAAAAGAUUAAAUUCUUAAGAAGAUAAUACUCCUAAAUAUAGGUUUGGAAUAGAAAAAAGAGAUUUCUUAAAUUAAUUUAAUUGAAUUGGUUUGUGAUAAUAGUGAAAUAUUGUAUGGCUUGUCUUUAUAUAUUUAAAACAGGAUUGAAACUCAGGAUAUUUCAACUUAUCUCCCUCUUCUCUAAAAUAUGAUGUAAGAAGGUGAUAAAUCAGCAAUUAAUUAAUUAAUCAUCAUUGAACUAAUUGACAAAGUACUUAAAAAAUAUUCAGGAUAGUAAGACGAAUAAAUAAAGAAAUUGAAAUUAACCAACCAAAUAAUAAGAUAAAUAAAAUGGGAAGAGGAUUAUAAAUAAUACACUUUGUAAGAAUUAGAAAACCCAAACUUUUAACUUAGAAUGACAAAAUAGGUAUAUCUAUAUACAAAGGAAUAAUAUGAGGUCAAAAUUAGCAUAUUUAAGAGUUAAUGGGAAGAUUUGUUUACUGAAAUUAUAACGUCAACUAUCAUUCAGCCUUUAGAUAUAUUGUGCUCUUCUCUUGGUGAAGAAGAGGAAAUAAAUAAAGAAAUGAAUAACCCUACUUUUAGAAAAAAAUAUUAUAAAUUAAAAAGCAGUAUUAACUAACCCAAUCCCCUUUAGAGUCAGAUAAGAGUAAAUCUUCCACCUCCGCUACCUCUUCCUAAAGUAAAGUCAACUAAUAUUUCUAACUCCAUUUAUGUUAAGUUUAAUUAUCCUAUUCUUGAAAAUUAAUUAGAUGGAACAAUCUGGAAGGUGAAUUUGAUAGGUUAUGAGACUAAAAUCGAUAAAUAAAUUUUAAAAUAUUUUGAAAAGAAUCAAAUAAAGUAGACAAAAAUAAACUUAGCUAAAAUUGUUGUUUUAAAAGAUGAAGUUGAAUAUGGAAAUUCAGUCUUUAAGAAUUAAACCGAAAUAGAAUUAAAAAGGAAGAAGUUUGAGAAAAUUAAUUUAGACGAAAUUUUGGAAUAAAGAAAAAUUAAGAUAAGAAUAUCAGAGCAUAUAUUUAGCUUCUUAAUUCUUCUAUUCAAUUUAUAUCUAAAGAUAAUGUCAAAUAAAUAGAAUAAAACAUAAAAGAGACCAAAUAAGCAGAGUAAUGAAUUUAGAAAAAGAAAACUUGAAGAAGAAGACGAAUUAUAAAAACAGGAAAGGGAAAGAUUAAAAGACCUAUAAAAAGAAGCAAGAGAAUAAGAUAUUUUAAAAUACGAAUCAGCUAUCCGUUGA